CUGAGACCGUAAUGGCGUCAGCGUUUAUAAUAAAUCGUGGUACACUAGGUCUAGGAAUUCGCUGCCGUCGUGUCAGCGGAAAUAUCACAUUCACACAGAUACGAGAGAAGAAGCGAUGGAUGAAGGCAUAUACCUUCUAUUUGGCAAAAAAGUUAAAGAUUGAAGGACCACCACCGCCGAAGCCACGCUGUCAAAAGCCUAACUGGGAUUAUCAUGCUGAAGUUCAGGCUUUUAGUAGCCGCCUUCAUGAGAACUUUUCCUUGGAGUUGCUGAAAACAGCCUUUGUGAAUCCCUGUUAUCUGCAGUCAGAGCAGGAGAGGAGGCAAAAGUUGGACAUGGACUCUGAGACAACAGCACUUGUCCUUAGAGAUAACGUUCAGCUGAGUACACAAGGCCUUGGUUUCACUCAGAGCUUCCUAAAUGACUGGUGCAGGGCCAGUUUCCCAAGAUUGCCUGACGAGGGUGUAGCAGCAAUUGUAGACCAACUGACCAGUUCAGUAGUUGUGUGUCAUGUGGCACAAAACCUUGGCAUUGAAGACCUCACCAUGAGUGCUGAGUUCCCCAUCCCUGAAAAUGUGCUGUAUUCAACUUUCAUGGCUGUGAUUGGGGUGUUACAGGGGAGUAGUGGAGCAGAACGAGCAGGAUUUUUUCUCAGGGAUUUCCUGGUCACUCAGCUGAUUGGGAAGGACCUCUUUGAUAUGUGGACAGUGGUUGACCCCAUGGGUCUGCUGGUGGAGGAAUUUACUCAGCGGAAUAUUCCUCUACCUGAGCCUCGUCUCAUCAGGUCAGCUGGGGCCAGCACUGCUCUUCCCCUACACUUUGUUGGGCUGUACAGUGAUAAGAAGCUUCUGGCUCAGGGCCCAGGAGAGACAGUUCUUGCUGCUGAGGAAGAGGCAGCUCGGGUGGCCCUGCGUCACCUUUACGGCUUCACUGAGAGCCGCAAACCUUCUGAUUAUUCCCCACCACAGCAGCACCAGCACCAUGCUCCCCAGUCUAUCAUGAGCUAUUAAUAAAGUCAUAUACAAGAGAGCCAUUUCAAAAGACCAAAUCCACCUUGUCACCAGAAAAGUCAAGAUAAAUACCACUUAUGAUUUUAAGGCAAGAGGUGAAUGAAAUCAAGGUCACUUUCCCCCUCAUUAAACAAAUUACGCUUUGUCCACAAUGUCUAACGGUAUGAUGUCUACUGGUUGGAUUUGAUUCUGUGAAUGCAGGCAUAUUUAUUUUGAGGCCCAGCAGAAGACGAAAGCAUCACUGUCCAAAUAAAACGUAUCUUAAAGUGCAUUUAAAGCAAGAUCUGUUUUCCCUUUGAGAAUGUGCGAGUGUAAAAUCUGUAAAGUCUAUGUGAUAUGGCAUAAUUUUGAAAACUUUGGAGGAAAAAUUUGGUUUUCCAGAUUACCGAUGACUGACUGCAAUAAUGGUAAAUGUUCUACAUCUGGGGAAAAAUGGUAAAUAUAUUGUCUGUUCUUCCAUGUGAAUAAUAUGAUUGUCAUUUUGCUUGUUGUGUAAUUAGUUGUCUUAUGGUUGUCAACAAUAAAGCCUCUUUGU